GUGGCCUGCUCUAUACGUUCUCCCUGAACGACUCUUUGCUGUUAGUGAACUGGCUCAGAAAGUCUCCGGUGCUCGGAUGACUCAUGCCCGAAGCGCCAAUCGUCUCUUGGCAGAGUUUCAGCAGUUGGCUGAUGAAGGCAAGAUGCGGCUCCCAUACCGUCCGUUGGAAGGACCUCCAUACUGCAUCAGCUUCUUCGACGCUUCUUUGGGCAAGAGUGACACCUACAAGGAGCAGUUUGAUCAUGUUUUGAAGACAGGUCAUUUGACGGCAGAGCGCCAAACCAUGCUGGACAUCCUUGCUGCAAAGCAGCUCAUUGAGCAAGCCCAUAUGAUGGUCGCCUGGGUUCCGACAUGGCGACAGUUUGCAGAUGGCUGGACCGAGGAUAUGGUCGAUGAACUUUUUUCCGAAUUCAAGUCCCAAGGGAUGGUGUGUCUUCGAGAGACGGUUGAGGACCGCCAAUGGGAGGCUCGAAGGGCCGAUUUGAG